AUGUUUCCAUGGCUAGGCUACGGCCAUAUCUCCCCUUUCUUGGAGCUGGCCAAGAAGCUCAGCCAAAGAAACUUCACUAUUUUCAUCUGUUCCACGCCUGCAACCCUAAAUCCCAUCAGAAAAAAGCUCGGAGAGGAAUUCUCCGGUGCCGUGAAGUUCACGGAACUCCAUCUCCCAUUUUCCGACGACCUCCCGUCCGAUCUCCACACCACCAACGGCCUCCCGCCGCACCUCAUGCCGGCUCUCAAGGAGGCCUUCGACGCCGCCUCUCCGAGCUUCGCGAAGCUUCUCGAAGAUCUCCGCCCCGAUUUGCUCAUCUACGAUUUUCUCCAGCCGUGGGCGCCACGCGCCGCCGCGGAUCUGGACAUCCCCGCCGUGGAGUUUAUCAGCAGCAGCUCCUCCAUGACGGCGUACAUGAUCCACCGGUUCAAACGCCCCGGCGUCGACUUUCCGUUCUCGAAUGUCCGGUUCCGUGACUAUGAGCUGAAACGGUUCGCGAAAAUGGCGGCGGAAACCCCGCCCGAGAGAGAACAGAAGGAUAAGAAUCGCGUACGCGAGUGCUUUGCACGCUCCUGCGGUCUCGUUCUCAUCAAGAGCUUCGAGGAGAUUGAAGGGAAGUACAGUAGCUACAUCACGAGUUUGACCGGGAAAAAUGUGGUCCCCGUCGGACCUUUGGUCCAGGAACCUUGUUCCGAAGAUGAGAACUCCGAGAUUCUCGGGUUUCUUAACGGAAAAGAAGCGAAAUCUACGGUGUUCGUCUCCUUCGGAAGCGAAUACUUUUUAUCAGAUGAAGACACGUGUGAAAUCGCUAACGGACUCGCCGGUAGCAACGUUAACUUCGUUUGGGUUUUACGGUUCCCUAAAGGACAAGACCGCGAAAUCACCUCCGUCUUGCCUGAACAAUUUUCCGGAAAAGUAGGGGAGAGAGGUUUAGUGGUCAAAGGCUGGGCCCCACAGGCGAAAAUCCUGCAACAUCCGAGCAUCGGCGGCUUCGUUAGCCACUGCGGGUGGAGCUCCGUCAUGGAGGCCAUGAAAUACGGCGUUCCGAUCAUCGCCGUUCCCAUGCACAUUGACCAGCCGGUCAACGCCAGGCUGGCGCAGGAGGUCGGCGUGGCGGUGGAGGUUGCCAGGGACGGAGAAGGAAAACUUCGCCGGGAGAAAAUAACGGCCGUGAUUAAUGCCGUUGUGACGGAGGAAGACGGCGAGGGCGUGAGUUCCACGGCGGCGGCCAUGCGUGAGAUGCUGGCGGAGAAAGGUGACAAAGAAAUCAUCACUGUAGUUGAAGAGCUGAGAAAGCUUUGCUCCAAGAAGACACAUGAUUUUACUCCUGUCUUCUAA